GGUCUUGCUCCUGGGCAGGCCUCUGCUGGCAUGGGCCCUAAGUGCCGGGCACUGACCACAGCCAGCGGCCGAAGGGUCAGGCGGGCCUUGGAGGAGGACCCAGGCGUCCCAGGCCCUCUGCACAGCCCGCCCUUCCAGCCCUGAGCCCAAGAGCACCUGUUUGUUCUCAGGAGACAGCGUCUACUCAUCCACCCCCAGGGCCCAGAGAUGCCUGGCAAACAGUCUGAGGAAGGGCCGGCGGAGGCAGGGGCUUCAGAGGACAGCGAGGAGGAGGGUCUGGGUGGCCUGACGUUAGAGGAGCUCCAGCAGGGCCAGGAGGCUGCCCGGGCGCUGGAGGACAUGAUGACACUGAGUGCUCAGACCCUGGUCCGAGCCGAGGUGGACGAGCUCUACGAGGAAGUGCGUCCCCUGGGCCAGGGUCGCUAUGGCCGCGUCCUUCUGGUCACCCAUCGUCAGAAAGGCACAGCCCUGGCACUGAAGCAGCUCCCGAAACCCCGCACGUCCCUCCGCGGCUUCCUGUACGAGUUCUGUGUGGGGCUCUCGCUGGGCGCGCACUCAGCCAUCGUGACGGCCUACGGCAUUGGCAUCGAGUCGGCACACUCCUACAGCUUCCUCACGGAGCCCGUCCUGCACGGGGACCUCAUGGCCUUCAUCGAGCCCAAGGUGGGCCUCCCGCAGCCCGCAGUGCACCGCUGCGCCGCCCAGCUGGCCUCCGCCCUGGAGUACAUCCACGCCCGCGGCCUGGUGUACCGGGACCUGAAGCCGGAGAACGUCCUGGUGUGCGACCCGGACUGCCGGCGCUUCAAGCUGACCGACUUCGGCCACACGAGGCCUCGCGGGACCCUGCUGCGCCUGGCCGGGCCGCCCAUCCCCUACACGGCCCCCGAGCUCUGCGCGCCCCCGCCCCUCCCCGAGGGCCUCCCCAUUCAGCCCGCCCUGGACGCCUGGGCGCUGGGCGUCCUGCUCUUCUGCCUCCUCACGGGCUACUUCCCCUGGGACCAGCCCCUGGCCGAGGCCGACCCCUUCUACGAGGACUUCCUCAUCUGGCAGGCGUCGGGCCAGCCCCAGGACCGCCCUCAGCCCUGGUUCGGCCUGGCCCCCGCGGCCGACGCGCUUCUGUGGGGGCUGCUGGACCCUCACCCCCGAAGGAGGAGCGCUGUGAGCUCCAUCAGGGAGCACCUGGGGCACCCCUGGAGGCAGCGGGAGGGCGAGGCUGAGGAAGUGGGAGCGGUGGAAGAGGAGGCUGGGCAGUGAGGAGGCCCCGGGGGAUGCAGAAAGGGAAGCCGCCCCACCCGGGGCCUCCAAGGCCAACGGCUUUUGGUUUCUCCUCAGUCUGUUUUCAUCCAUGGGGCUUGGGAUUCCCCUCUGCGUCCUCCUUCUCUCUCCUCUCUGCAGGCUGCAUUCCUCCCUUGGUCCAUGAGGGCCUCAGACCUCUGCAUAUCCCUCCAUACCUGCUGCCACCUUCCCCAGGGUCUCAGACCUCUGCAUAUCCCUCCAUACCUGCCGCCACCUUCCCCAGGGUCUCAGACCUCUGCAUAUCCCUCCAUACCUGCUGCCACCUUCGCCAGGGUCUCAGACCUCCGCGUGGCCCUCAGUACCUGCUGCCACCUUCCCCAGGGACUCUGCACUUGCUAUUUGCUCGGGACGCUUUAGGCUCAUCCCCUCGCCCCCUGCAUUUUUAUUUUUUUUGAGACAGGGUCUCGUUCUGUCUCCCAGACUGGAGUGCAGUGGUGCAAUCUCUGCUCACUGCAGUCUCAAAAUCCACAGCUCAAACAAUCCUCCUGCCUCAGCCUCCUGAGUAGCUGGGACUACAGGCAUGCGCCA